UUUCAUGGACACAAGUUUCUUCAUUUUUUUCACUCCUCGGAAAUCUGAUAAUGUACAGAUAUUAUAAGGAACUUUUUCAUUUUUAGAAUGAUAAGAGUUUGAGGGACAAUUUGAAUUUGUUUUGUUAAAACUAUUGUGUUUAGUCUGAGCCGACACAGAAUCAAAUUAUUCACACUUGCAUUCAUUCACAUCCAUACACACUGAAGCCUUGCAAGGACUAAGAAUUUUUGCAUUGACCAGAGGAUUUCUUUUUACAAAAGCUAUGGAGAACUCAACCCAAGUCAAGUUAUUUUAUCUCUUUGGCUUAAAAGAGACAUUUAACAACAAAUCGGUCUAUUUUAUCUUGUCUCUUAUCACAUACCUUCUCAUCAUCACUGUGAAUCUGACUCUGAUCAUAACAAUAAUUCAGGAGAAAGUUCUCCAUGAGCCCAUGUAUAUCUUUCUGUGUAGUCUAUGUGUCAAUGGAUUGUAUGGAACUGCUGGUUUCUACCCCAAGUUCUUACUGGACCUUCAGUCAGAUGUUCAGGUGAUAUCUUAUGGUGGAUGUUUGACUCAAGCCUAUGUAAUAUACACAUCUGUCCUGUGUGAAAUUUCUACUUUAACAGUGAUGUCUUACGACAGGUAUGUGGCAAUAUGCAGACCACUACUAUAUCAUACAAUUGUGACAUCUUUAACUGUUAGAAAGUUACUCUUAUUGUCUUGGUGUUAUCCUUUAUUUGCAGGACUCAUAUCACUCAUUUCAGCUGUCAGAAUUCCUUUGUGUGGGUCUCGCAUUGAUAAAAUCUUCUGUGACAUUCCGUCUAUGUUGAAACAUGCAUGUUUACCCAUUACAAUCAAUCCGAUUUUGAACAAAUGUAUAAUAGUGGUUCAUUUUUUACAGAUACUUUUCAUUGUAUUUUCUUACUGUAAGAUUGUAAGGACUUGUGUAAAGUCAGCAAAGGGAAGGACUAAGUUCACACAGACAUGUGUGCCACAUUUAAUAACAAUGGUUAUUUUCAUCACAGUGACCCUGUUUGACACAUUGCAAGGAUGGAAUAGUAAUGUAAAUAUUACAUUAAAUAUGCGUAAUGCAAUGGCUGUACAAUUCCUUGUUAUACCACCUGUAUUUAACCCUCUGAUAUAUGGACUUAACCUCCAUCAGAUCCGAAGUGCAGUUUUUAGAAAGUGUAAUGCACAUAAAACCAUUGAUGUGAGACAUUAAUUACAUUAUCUAAUGCUA